GCAGAGCGGCUCCGCGAGCUCCCUCCUCCUCCUCCUCCCUCCCUCGCCCGCUCGCCCGCUCGCUCUCCCUCCUUCCUUCCCUCCUUCCCUCCCGGGCACUUUCCCAUCGAGGAGCCCCGGAGUGGCCGCCGAGGGCGAGCCCGCGAGGUCACUGUCAUAUGACAAAGGCGUUGCAGUUCACUGUCCUUCCUGCCUGCAGCCCAUUUUCCUUCCCGGAAUCCUGCUGCAUCGCAGAAGCCGGCCGUCCUGAUGUUCCACUGAAGUCACAAUGGAAGGUGUUGACCUGACCGGCACCCUCAGGAGGACCCCAAGCCUCUAGCAGUACCUGGUCUCAUCUCCAGCAUGUUGUAGAUGCGGAGGACUCACUGGGAUAUUGAGACAGACCAGAGGAGAAUUGUUCCACUGUAGUCUCAGUAAUGAAAGGCAGUGGCGGAGAUAAAGACCACGCAGCAGCAGAAGGGGCUGGAAAACGACCGAGACGCCAGUGUCUUCAGUGGCAUCCGUUGCUAGCCAAGAAGCUUCUUGACUUUUCAGAAGAGGAGGAAGACGACGACGAGGAGGAGGAUAUCGAUAGAGUUCAACUUCUUGGAGCGGAUGGCCUAGAGCAAGAUGUGGGGGACACCGAAGAUGACGAGUCAUCGGAGCAGCGAGCCCGGAGACCAAUGAAUGCAUUUCUUCUAUUUUGCAAGCGUCAUCGCUCCCUUGUCCGGCAGGAACACCCCAGGCUUGAUAACCGAGGUGCUACUAAGAUCCUAGCUGACUGGUGGGCUGCUCUGGACCCAAAGGAAAAGCAGAAGUACACAGACAUGGCCAAGGAGUACAAAGAUGCAUUUAUGAAAGCAAAUCCUGGCUACAAAUGGUGUCCCACUACAAACAAGCCUGUGAAAUCACCAACGUCCACUGUCAACCCACGGAAGAAACUCUGGGCCUUCCCGUCGGACUCCUCGAGAGACUUGCCAAGCCCCAAGAAAGCAAAGACCCACGAGAUGCCUCAGCUGAACUUUGGGAUGGCCGAUCCUACGCAGAUGGGAGGCUUAAGCAUGCUGCUGCUAGCUGGAGAACGUGCUCUGGGCACUCCGGAGAUGUCCUCUGGGACUUGCAGGCCUGAUGUUUCAGAGUCAACUGAACUGCCGCAGAAGUCACCAUUGUUUCAGUUUGCUGAGAUAUCUUCAAGCACAUCCCGCCCUGAUGCUCCUACGAAACAGUGUCAAGCAUCGGCCUUGUUUCAGUUUGCAGAGAUCUCUUCAAAUACUUCGCAGCUGGUUGGUGCUGAGCCUGUAAAACGCUGUGGGAAGUCUGCGCUCUUUCAACUGGCAGAGAUGUGCCUGGCCUCAGAGGGAGUAAGAAUGGAAGAAACAAAACUAAUAAAAGAACAAGAUGGUGGAAAAAUUAAAGACUUGGAGGAAAAGGAAGAAAGAGAAAUAAAAAUGGAAAAAGCAGAUGAAGCUGAGUUACAAGAGGAAGCAGAAUUUGAAAAAGCAAUGAAAGAAAAUAGAAGAGAGUCUAAGGAAUUAAGAAAUUUUGAGGAACUGCAAAUGGGUAAUGUAAUGGCUAUAAAAAUGGAAGAGCCCAAAGAAAUUAGAAAGGAAGAAUUAGAGGAAGAUCAGAAAUAUAGUCACUUCCCUGAUUUUUCUUACUCUGCCAGUAGCAAGAUCAUAAUAAGUGAUGUUCCCAAUAGAAAGGAUCACGUGUGCCAUCCUCAUGGAAUUAUGAUCAUUGAGGAUCCUGCUGUGCUAAGCAAGCCAGAAAAGAUAAAAAAGAAAAAGAAGAAAAACAAAAUGGACCGCCAUGGAAACGAUAAGUCCACACCCAAGAAGACCUGCAAAAAGAGGCAGUCUUCCGAGUCCGACAUCGAAAGCGUCAUGUACACCAUUGAGGCUGUUGCGAAGGGAGACUGGGGCGCGGACAAGCUCGGAGAGGCCCCGAGGAGGAAGGUCCGCACGUCCUCAAGUGGCAAGGGAGGCAUUUUGGAUGCCAAGCCACCAAAGAAGAAAGUGAAGUCAAGAGAGAAGAAAAUGUCAAAGGAGAAAACCUCAGACAUCACCAAAGAGUCUAGACCUCUGGAUCUUCUCAGUGUGUGUGCCAGCAAGAAUGUUUCUGGUGAGGUGCCAGAGGGUAUAAAGGCAGAGACUUUGACCCCCCUGGAGGAUACCCUGCCACCCAGCCUGUCGGGGCCAGCCAAGCCCGAGGACAGUGACUGUCACAGAAAAAUAGAGACGUGUGGCUCCAGGAAAUCCGAGAGGUCUUGCAAAGGCGCUCUUUACAAGACCCUGGUGUCUGAGGGCAUGCUCGCCUCUCUGCGAGCCAACGUUGACAGAGGUAAGCGGAGCUCAGGAAAAGGAAACUCCUCUGACCACGAAGGAUGCUGGAGUGAAGAGAGCUGGACAUUUCACCAGUGUGGGACCAGUGGGAACAAGAAGUUCAAGAGGACGAAGCCGAGGGAAGACUCACUGCUUGGCUCAGCGAAGCUUGAUGAAGAAUCUGAAAGGAAAUUCAACAGCCUCCCUCAGUACAGCCCUAUCUCAUUUGACCGGAAAUGGGUAUCUAUCCCAAGAAAAAAGAAGAAGACUGGAAACAUGUCCUCAGAACCAACUAAAACCAGCAAAGGAAGUGGGGAUAAAUGGUCACACAAGCAACUCUUCUUGGAUGCCAUUCACCCUACAGAAGCCAUAUUUUCAGAAGACAAAAUCACCAUAGAGCCUGCUCACAAGGUUAAAAAUGCCCUAUCCAUUCCCAACACUCCAGAGCCAAUAGCAGUGCAAGAGCCUUUGGUAGGCAGCCAGAAAAGAAAAGCAAGAAAAACUAAGAUCACACACCUUGUCCGGACAGCAGAUGGCCGGGUAUCACCAGCAGGAGGCACUUUGGACGACAAAGCAAAGGAGCAACUGCAGAGGCGUCUCCCUAAAGCAGCGGAGACAGACUGCACUGAGGACUGCACCCAGGACGCGGAGGCACAGGAGACUCGGAGCAGUACCCCAGAAAUGCCCGCCGUGUCGGCGUUCUUCAGCCUCGCCGCCCUGGCCGAGGUGGCGGCCAUGGAGAACGUGCACAGAGGUCAGAGGUCAACUCCGCUCACCCAUGAUGGACAGCCAAAAGAAAUGCCGCAGGCUCCUGUACUUAUUUCCUGCGCUGACCAGUGAAGCGCCCUUUAAUUGUAAACAUUGUGCUUUACCUACUACCCUAGCCUUGUCUUAUACAAGGGAUGCUAGCAAGUCCACGUGGUGGAAAUAGAGACUGCAAACAAGUGCUUGUUGCCCUGCUCGACCCAGAUUCACUUGAAGCAGAACUUAGCAUCCUGGGCCGGUUUGUUGUUUCGGAAGCCAGAGUCUUUGAGGGCGAUGACACCUGUGUGACACUGGAGCCUUGCUUUCCAUGGAAGGCUUUGGAUGGCAACAGGUAGUGACUUGGUAAAAGGCUGCCUUUACUGUAGCUCAUCCAGCAUCUCUUUACCAACCAGAGAGUGUGAAACUAGUUUCAUAUAUUACCUAGUUAUUCUUUCAAAACAAAACAAAACAACAACAAAAAAAAAAAACCUGACGCAC